AGCGACAGGACAGACAGGUGAACAGCAGGUGUAAUGAGAGCACAGUAACGCUUAUACACAUUCAAUUUGAGAUUGAUGUUUGGAUAGAAAGACUGACUCUCAUUGACCAUCAGUCGGAAAAUAAGUGGAGACCAUACUGUGUUUUGAAGGGAUCACUGGCAGGGCUGCAGACGUGAUAAUGCCAAGAGCUGAAUCCACUGCAAUGGACAACUCGUGUCAGGCCCUGUGCCGAAACUUAGUCACUCAAAAUGGCCUUCAGCCAGAAAACGUGGACAUUUCACAGUCUGUACUGUACACAUCCAUCAUGGGACUCCUGCUGGUGAAAGACAACGAGAAAGAGCUGCAACUGGGAAAUGGACAAGUUGGACUACGUAACGUUGGAAAUACUUGUUUCCUUAAUGCGAUCAUGCAGUGUCUCUCUCACACUCGUAGUCUUCGGGACUACUGUCUGAUGAGAACUUACCUUCAGGACAAACACUCCAACCAGGAACCUGUGCUUAUGAAUGAAUUCGCUAAAGUUUUGGCUGGCUUGUGGGAAUGUGAUGGUGGGGAAACCACAGUGAAUCCUGGGAAGUUUUAUCACGUCUUUAAAGAUUCAGUGCCUUACUUCAGUGGCUAUUGUCAGGAGGAUGCUCAGGAGUUUUUGCGGUUCCUCCUGGACAGGCUUCAUACAGAAAUUAACCGUCGUCCAUCCAAACGUCCUGCAGUUAUGGAAAUUAAGGAACCAACAUACACACGAUUCAGGAUUUCAGAGGAGGCCUUUGCAAUGUGGCAAAGGCAUCUUGACAGGGAUGACAGUAAAAUUGUUGAUUUGUUCUCCGGUCAGCUGCGCAGUUCUUUGCACUGUUCAGUCUGCUCUCAUUACUCCAACACCUUUGACGUGUUUUGUGACCUGUCACUCCCCAUCCCAAAGAAGAGUGAUUAUGGACGAACCGUCACACUGAGAGAGUGUCUAGACCUCUUUUCACAAGAGGAAAAACUUGAUCAAGAAAACUCCCCAAUGUGUGAGCGGUGUAACCGUUGCACUGAGAGCACAAAGAGACUGUCCAUCCAAAGGUUCCCUAGAAUCCUCGUAAUACACUUAAAUCGAUUUGCCAUGUCAAGGUACUCAAUCUCAAAUAGCACAGUGCCCGUGUCUUUCCCUCUGAAUGAGCUGGAUUUAGGGCCAUUUGGACCUGUUGACUGUGGUCCAGUGCUGUAUGAUCUUUAUGCAGUAUGCAAUCAUUCAGGCACAGUAAAUAUGGGUCACUACACGGCUGCUUGUCGAGAGGAGGAGGGCUGGUGCUACUAUAAUGACUCAUGUGUUGGUGAAAUAACAGAGGAGAAGCUUCAGUCCAAUCAGGCAUAUGUUCUCUUCUAUGAGCGCAAAAGCUUCAAUAUCACCAGGAAAUGAGGGCAGAGAGGGUGCUGUUAUGAGAGACUUCUGUAAUUAUCUGGCAAAUUUCAGAUACCACUGAAAAAAUGUUGCAUUGUGAUGUUGGGAGAAAGUGAAUGAGCUUGAAAAAUACUGGUCAAUUUACAUGAUUAAGUUUCAUUGUAAAUCCAUGAUAAUGAGGUAUUUUUACUACACUAAACAAUGUGUUUUAUUAACUCAGAAAAGCACAUUCUUUUAGAAAAACAUGCCUGUUGUAUAAA